AUGGCGUUAUCUACGAGAUGGACUCCCAGGAGUCUUCAUAUUCCGGCCCUGCAGCCAACCUACACUUGCCGCCGUUGUCUGUCCGGCAGAGAAAGGCUUCUCCGUGUGUCCGAAGAAGUCCAAGAUGCUCUCGCGACUGGCAAACCGGUCGUCGCGUUGGAGACCACGAUCUAUACCCACGGCUUUCCCUACCCCGAAAAUGUCGCUUUGUCCUCCCACCUCGAAUCUCUAGUCCGCGUUAAUGGCGGUGUGCCAGCCACUAUUGGAAUUCUUGAUGGCAUUGCUCGUGUGGGCAUGCAAGCUGAAGAACUGAUACAGCUUGUUUCUACGGCUGGUAAUGAGAAUACUUGGAAGAUAUCGAGGCGAGAUCUGGGCUUCAUUGGUGGCUUCGGCCUGAGAGGGCAAAAGCUCAAUGGAGGAACUACAAUUGCCGGGACAAUGAUCCUUGCGCAUCUUGCGGGCAUCAAGAUAUUCGCAACUGGAGGCUUGGGAGGCGUCCAUCGGGGAGGUGAAAACAGCAUGGAUAUCUCAGCAGACUUGACAGAGCUGGGAAGAACGCCUGUCACCGUGAUCAGUUCUGGAUGCAAAUCUUUCCUAGAUAUCCCACGAACACUGGAAUACCUGGAGACACAGGGUGUCGGUGUUGGCACUUUUGCGGACGGGAGGACGGGCACUGUCGAUUUUCCCGCCUUCUUCUCGCGCGACAGCGGCGUCAAAAGCCCGAGGACCAUCUUCGAUGAAGCCGAUGCAGCAGCUCUCGUCUAUGCUCAGUCCAAUUUUCCCAUUCAGUCUGGCCUGUUGUUCGCGAAUCCCGUGCCGGAAUCUUCGGCAAUGGCGAAGGACGAAAUUGACGGAAUCAUCGCCCAAGCAGUUGCAGAGGCUGAGGAGAAAGGUAUUGGUGGAAGCGCCAACACGCCUUACAUCCUGAGAAGGAUCAGAGAAUUGAGUAAUGGCGCAAGCGUGAAAGCAAACGAGGCCCUCAUUGAGGCGAACGUCGCGCGCGGCACCAAGGUGGCAGUCGAAUUAGCAAAACUCGAACUACGUGAGGGUGCUGCACCACAGCGAGGAGACGCAUCCGUGGUAACGCCAUCAGAACUCCCGAUCACGACGCAGUCAAGCGGGACCGCUCUGUCAACGCCAGCAGGGGACGCAUCCGCGAAGAUUAGCUCGGCAGGUCAGCCAGUGGACAUCUUGGUGGCUGGGUCACUUGCAAGUGAUACAAUCUGCGAUUACGAACCAUUCGACAGACCUUCCACUGCAGUUCCACCAACUUUACAUACCUCCAACCCAGCCAAAAUAUCUCCCUCUGCAGGUGGUGUCGGCAGAAACGUUGCAAUGGCCGCUCAUUUGGCAGGGGCCAAAGUAGCUUUGGCAAGUGUAGUGGCCGAUGACCUCGCCGGAUCGUCUCUUCUCGACCAUGUUGGAAAAAGCGGCGUCUCUGCUGAUCAUAUCCGGCAGAUCCCUGCUGCUGAUGGGGCAAGAACAGCACAGUAUGUGGCCGUGAAUGACACAAGCAAAGACUUGGUGGUUGCUAUGGCAGACAUGUCAAUUCUGGCACGACCAGAGCUUGAGUCCCUGGAGUACUGGACGACUACCAUCGGCCAAACCUCCCCAAAAUGGGUCAUUGCGGAUGCCAAUUGGUCUCCGGAGAUACUUUCGUCAAUCUUCAAGGCUGCAAAAGUCCAAGGAGCCAUGAUUGCAUUUGAACCUGUUUCCAUUGCGAAAGCUGCGCGCCUCUUCAACAAGAACAACAAUGCUAUGACAAGCACGAGUGUAGUACCCAAUCAUACCGUCAGCUUGGCUUCUCCAAACAGUUUAGAGCUUUCAGCUCUCUACAAAGCUGCCACCGAUGCGCUGAUGUUUGAAUCAGAGCGUUGGUGGAAAGUGAUUGAUAGCUUUGGUCUUUCGGGAUCCGGGUCACGGGACCGUUUGGUGUCCAUCGCUGGACCCGAAUUGGUUGAGGAAGGUAUUCCCCAGCAGUGCCUUCAACUUCUGCCUUUCAUUCCCAACCUGGUGACGAAGCUGGGCCCCAAGGGCUGUUUGGUGACGAGUCUGCUAAGACAUACCGAUGAAAGACUAACACGCCCCGAGUACGCGCCUUAUAUUUUGGGUAGGACUAUGUCAGAUGCUUCGGAGAUCGGCGGCCUAUACAUGCGACUUAUUCCUCCGACGUGCAAUGUCUCGCAGGAGGACAUUGUGUCGGUGAAUGGUGUCGGCGACACAAUGCUGGGUGUGAUUGUUGCAGGACUUGUGAAAGGCCGUACACUGGACGACGUAAUACCGAUCGCUCAAGACGCUGCCGUCCUGACUCUGAAAUCUCCUGAAGCAGUCUCGCCUGAGGUACGAAGUAUACAAGAACGACUCCAAUGA